AUGAAAGUACAAAGAAGCCAAUCCGAGCUCGACCGAUCGCAGUGCGGUUCGAGCAGUAGGCGCAGCACGCGUUCGCAAGUAGCACCAGACUGGAAUCCAACAGACGAGCUCCUUCUGGUGAACGAGAUCGCUGCUGUGGAAGCCGAUUGUCUGAAAGCAUUGUCUUCAUUUCAGAAAUGGAAGAUCAUAUCUCAAAACUGCUCUGCUUUGGGCGUCCCGCGGACUUUGGAUCAGUAUCGCAGAAAAUGGGACGCUUUGUUUCUCGAGUACAAGAGCAUCAAGCAGUGGGAGUCAGCGUCUAGAGGCGGUGCUUCGUACUGGGUUUUGGAAAUUGGGAGGAGGAAGCAGAAGGGAUUGCCUGAGAAUUUUGAUAAUGAGUUGUUCAGAGCCAUUGAUAAUCUUGUGAGGGUUCGGGGGAACCAAUCGGAUACGGACCCAGAUAGUGAUCCAGAAGCUGAGAUUGAUGCUGAGGCUGAUGUGCCUGAUGUUGUUGCAGAGCCAGAGUCCAAGAGGAGAAGACGCCGAUCAACACAUCAGAAAAGCUGUCCAAUAGAAAAUUCAUUUAGAAGAUGUAAGGUGGAUAGGCCUGAAGAAACCCAUGUAGAAGAAAAACCUGAAGAAACCCAUGCAGAAGAAAAACCUCAAGAAACCCACGCAGAAGAAAAACCUGUCGGGAGCUGCUUAGAAGUAAUUCCUCAGAAGAGCCUGACAGAAGAGAAGUCUCAAAAAAGCUGUGCGAAGAAACAUAAAAAUAGUCAAAUAAAAGAGAAGGCUAUCAGCAUUGAAGAACAGGAGCAAAUUGCGGUUAUGCAAUUACAUGAAAAUGUAGAACUAAUCCAGGCUAUUGUUAAUGAGAAUGCAGAUCAUGAGGCUGCCGAUGUGAAGAGCACCGGGGACCCUCAAACUGAUCUUGUUAGACGCCAAGGGGAACAGGUUAUUGCAUGUCUGGGAGAUAUUGUGAAGACUCUUGACCAGCUCCGUCAGCUUGUCCAGGAAUGUGAAUAG